AUGACAGGAGAAUCACAAGUAGCUCAAAUCGAGGCACCAACGACAAUAAAUCUUGCAAAUGAACUCAGAGUGAAAUGUUCGCCAUCAGGAAAUGAGUUUAACUUUAUAAGCGAAAUCCAAAUACUGCAUAAGCCUGUGACAGGGUCGACAUACAGCACAAUACUGGAAGUGGAGGAUCCGCCCAGGGGUAGCAAUCCUGUCUUCAGAGUUGAUGAGGUAAGAGUCAGAGCGUCAGCUGAGGGUCGGGCGGGGCGACCUUCGGAUGCGUUCCUAACGCUUAUCAUCAAUCAAGGUCAGGUCUACUGUUCAGAUGGCGGAUCAUACCAGUGCAAGAUAGUAAACCGCAGCGGUGACAAUGUGUCGACAACAAUCACAUCCACAUCUGUACCUGUCACCAUAGUGGCUAGUCCAGACUCUACACCACCUAUUUUAACUCUCAGCCCCUCCAACAUUCCAGGGACAGGGGGGUCAGGGUCGAUGUACUUAAAGGGAACCACCGUCAUGUUAGUCUGCCAAGCAGAAGUUGGUAGUCCACCUUACCCAAUGAGAUUCUGCUACCAGACCGCAGGAGUGAGUACUUUUGAAACUGUAACAAACAUUGUCUCAAAUGUUACCACCCCACAGUCUCUGGAAUCGGAGAAGAGUUGUCUUAUGACGAGAACCAUAGUUGCCUCCGCCGAGAUUACCGACAACGCUGGGACAUUCUUCUGUGAAGUGCAUAAUACUGUAAGCGAUCCUGGAUGUGGAAGCAAUUUGAAGGUCUCGAACACCAUGUUCACUGCUCAAGAUUUACCAGUAUGCAAUUCGAGCACUCUCAUCACCACGAGCAGACCUUCCACCACCACCAGGACCACAUCAACGACAAUAGCACCACCAGCAACAGAUGCUCCAACAACAACAGCUGCCCCUAUCGAGGGUAACGUAGAGGUCUUAGCAGUCACUGACAAUGGAGGAUUCACUCUUCUACUAUUGGGAAGUGGACUGAUCGUCGUGUCAGGAGCUCUUUUUGCAGCGAGUUUGAUUAUCUUCAUGAAGGCGAAAAAACUUAAAAAGAGUGCUGAAAUGUCAAUGAUAAGGAGUACCUAUGAUUCUGUGCAUUUCAGAACAACACCAGCACCAAAUUAUACCUCUUUAGAUGAUCUUAGAUCACCAGACCAUCGUCCUUUGGAAAAACAAGACAGUGAUGGCUACAUGGUGCCCUCGUUAGGAAAUUUACAGUGAUGUCACUAUGACACAUAAGAAAUGAACAAUAGAAAUUAGGUCUUCGAAGAUUCAUUAAGUACUGAAAUAUUUCGUGAAUCAGUGAUUGAAUAACCUUUGUAUAUCUGCCUUCUGUAUAUUGCGAGAGAAGUGUGAAAAAUAAGUACAAGAAAGGCCGAAACAUUUCCAAGAAGUGCGCUGAAACAUGAAAAUACAAUAAAACAUGAUACAGUGGGGUUCUGAAGUGUUGGGAUUUUAUGUUCCUGCAGGGAAUAGUCAGGUACAGAAAACAGCUGAGACUCACAACAAAUGGUUGUCAAAAUAACGC